CAGGCUCCGGUGGGGUCCGGGGGCCCCAAGAGACAAAGGGUAGUGUCCUAUAAAUGCGGCAGUCGAGCCGCAGCAUCCAGGCGAGGGCGUGCGCGGCUGGCGGAGCAGAAAUCCCCGUGCGGACUCCCAACUCCAGGCAGAGGGACUCAGACAUGACCAGGAAGAUCUUCACAAACACCCGGGAGCGGUGGAGGCAGCAGAACGUCAACAGUGCCUUUGCCAAGCUGAGGAAGCUCAUCCCCACCCACCCUCCAGACAAAAAGCUGAGCAAAAACGAAACACUUCGCCUGGCAAUGAGAUAUAUUAACUUCUUGGUCAAGAUCUUGGGGGAGCAAAACCUGCAGCAAACAGGAGUGACUACUCAGGGAAACAUGCUGGGGAUCUUCCCCCAAGGACCCCACCUGCCCGGCCUGGAGAACAGGACUCCACUUGAUGACUACCAGGUUCAGUCACCUGGCCCAAGCCAUCACAUCCCAUAGUGGGAAUCUGACUGCUGGCUGCCGCCUCCUGGCCACACUUAUCCAGAAGUUACCAAUCCAGAGUCCAGCGUCAACCCUGAUGAAUGUCACGUAAGGCCCAAAGCUAAACUUCCUUGGAGAUAGCUCUGGGUUCACUGUGGGGAGCCAGAAGGAGGCCCCGAGGGACAUCAUUUUGGAGGCUGUCACCCCUGGCGCCUCAGGCAGAAUGACCUGUCUCUAUUUUCUAAAUCCAAGCUCUGUGUAAGAUGUUGGAAAUAUAUAACAGACUUGAAAAUCACUGUGUCAUUCAAUGUUUUCAGUUAAGAAAAAGAAAUUUUUCUCACAAGGGACCUCAGACCAAUGGAUGAGUGUUUCUUAUGGCACCUAUUUUAUAGUUUUUAAAAAAUGAGACAUAUUUGAUCAGUAAAUUCAACUAAUGAAUGGAAAC